AGAGAGAGGUUUGAAUGAAAGCAGUGAGAAGAGGAAAUGAUCUCACAGGUACAGGGGAAGGUGGUAAAAGCAUAUAUGAAGAACCAUUUAAAGACGAAUUUCAUACAAGAUUACAUUUUCGUCGACGAGGUUCAAUUGCCGUGGCAGAGAUGACAAUGAAUCCCAAUUCUUCUUUACUCUUGGUUCUACACCAGAAUUACAGAAUAAACAUAGAAUCUUUGGUAAAGUUACUGGAGAAACAAUAUAUAACAUUCUUGAACUUGAAGAAGCAUCUGUAG